AUGGCACAGGCAUCGGCGUCCAGUGGAACGACAGUGCAGCAAGCAACUACAGCAGCUGAUCCCUUCGCCGAAAGAAAUGUCCGAAGACGACGACCUGAUCAAUUGGAACAUCUAGGGGCUGAAAGGCUUCAGAGUCAAACGCGCAUUGAUAAUAUUCUCGUUAUUGUCACCCAUAUUCUCUGGGUCAAUGCAGUAGUACUUAAAACCUUGCAAGAUGGGUACUAUGGAUUCCCGCAAAUCAUUUCCAGACUCGACGACGACUUCGAGAAAUUGAUUACCGAAGAGGAGACGAGCCUCGCCGACAGAGUCGAAGACUUGUACGAGCCUCGCAUAAAAGGUCAUAUCAUGACAUAUCUAAGGAAAUUGACGCCAAAUGAACGACUAGCUUUCAUUACCGACGAUCAGCCGUGCCAAUUCUAUCGCGAGGCGUUACGUAUUAGGGUCAUCAAAUGCACUACAUCGCAUCGAGCGAUGGCAGCCGUGGAAACCGAUCCAAAUUUAGAAAAGCCGGAAUUCUAUGACUGGUGUAAUACGAAACAGCAAUACAUCGGACAACUUGGCGUGGAGGUCGAGGAGAAUCGAUAUCAGCUUGCCGUAUUCUUGAACGUUCUCAAAGACCUUUUGACUUCGAUUCAAGCAGCCGCCAGACUGGCUCUUCUUUCAGAAGAAGAAUCACAUGCCCUUCGAAUCAAGUUACAGGCGAUAGCAGACUAUUAUCCAAUUGCAUAUUGUGUUGCCCAUGGCGUGUCUGGAUCAGAGCAAUAUCUGUUGAACUCGGCGCCUGAGAGCUGGUGGGACACGAGCACUGAAAGCAAAAAUGACACCCCUGGGCCAGAAACCACCGUUUUCACCGCGUAUCAAGCCUCAGAAGUCAUGCGGUCGAAUCUCAAUGUCAUCGUCCCAAUAGUGUCAUUGGUCUCUGUAGUACCCGCCGCGAUUGCCUGGAAGUAUGGCAUCGUGGAAAAAGUCACUUUCACAGAUCCCAACUUCUACCAAGCGAUUACCGGAAGCAUUUUGCAGGUGCUAGGCCUUGUCACAUUCAUGUGGCCAACUUUAGGCCACCCUCGACUAUCCCCACCAGGAACAAGUGCGAUACACCGCAAGCCUAAGCGACCACGGCCAUCCGAAGAUGCAGGAGAGACGCCGACAUCGAACAAUUCGAGUACAACGGUUGUAGCGCCCCAUCACGGCCGCAAUGACGCACAUCUGCCGAACGGCAACAAUGCCGCACAACAGGCGUCGCCGAAUGCGGCAUCGUCACUACUCGACGGCCUGGAUCCAUUCGAGCUCCUGACGGAUGAGGUCAAGAACAGUUACCUGCGAUGUAGUUACAAGUGGAGUUUCCACCAUACGCCGACAUUGCUGCGCAGAAUACGCGAUCGCACUUUGGAGCCAUGGAUGGCCUGGGCGAUACUUGCGCUGGCUAUCAGAUUCGUCCAAAAUCCCCCGUCGCCUUUCACGUCUCAAACUGAAGCCAGCAAUGCGUAUGCUGCCCACGCUCGCCAGAUUUUGCAACAGGACCUCGAGACCCCUUCGAUAAGCCGCGUGCAAGCCUUGUUGAUGCUGACAGGGCAUGAUUGGGGCGCUGGAAAUGGAAGGAGAGCGUGGAUAUAUCUCGGCAUGGCGAUUCGCCUGGUCGAGGUCAUGGACCUGACGCGUGAGACGGGCAUACCGCGAAAUCGCGUGCCGACCCGAGAGGAAUUCAUCGAGGCAGAAGUACGCCGACGGACUGCCUGGACGUGCUUUUUAAUGGACUCGCUGCUAAGUGGCGGCAAGGGGCGCAAGAGGUCGUUGACUGCCGUCGACAUGUCGGUCCAGCUACCCUGCGAGCGCGAGGACUUUGUCUUUGGAGAGCCAGUAUGCACACCACAGCUGGACAAUACACAACGUAUGCCGCCAGUAGCAUUGCCUGUAGGAGAGAUUGGUAUCAUCGGUUACAGCAUGCGUGCUGCCAACAUCUGGGGCAAGGUUGCGCGCUGGGCCUGCUCCGAUGUCCUCAAGAGCGAACUGCCGUGGGCGUCAUCGUCGCAAUUCCAGCAGCUCAUCUACGAGCUUGAGGGCUGGAAGGCCUCGCUUCCACAGCGUCUGCAGUAUGAUCUCUUCACUCUGCACAGCCAUAAUGCCGUCGAACAAGGCCAGGCGUACUGCUACAUGCACUGCAUACACUUUAUGAGUUAUAUGUUUUUGCACCGCGCCUAUCUGCCAGUCCUCGGCCCUCAGCAAAAUGGAGCAAAUCCUGAGGAGACACCAAACUCCUACGACGAGCACCGGGACAUGUGGAGGAAGUGGGAAAAGACCUCACGCAAGGAUCUGUUCAAAGACUCAGUCAUGGUCCUAGACAUGCUCGAGGAAAUGCGUACGUUCGGUGUGUAUUUCCUGAGAGGCUUGGUGCCGUGGAUCGGCUUCACCAUCUAUACAGCAGUUGGCGCAAUGUUGUAUUCUUUCAACUUCCCGAGCGGCGAUGACGACCCUCGCUGGCGGGAGAAGGCGCGUAGAAGUGUGAUACAGGGCUGCAAUUUCUUGAAAGAGAUGAAAAUGCAAUGGCCUAUGGCAGAAACUUGGUAUGACACUAUCAGGCGCAUGCAGGCGUACUACCGCUCUGUACUUGGCCAAGAUGGACCAGCAUCACCCGAAGAACGGCAAGCCUUGCGACAUGCCAUGAUAGACUAUGGCGCAUUGCAGCCUUCGCCAGUACAAAAGCCAGCAGAUUCGUCUAGAGACGUCACCAUGGUGGUAUCUAGCAGGUCUCCUUCACAACCGCACAAUGAUCGCAAACCCAUGAUUGCCAAUCUUACCAAUCCACCCGUUACAAGCCCGUUGCCGGCCACAGCGCCUACGCCUAACAGCUACUCUUCUAACUUCUCGUGGAAUACCCCUCCAGCGGUGCCCCCGUUGGAAGCUGACGAAACUUUCAACCUCGACUCGUUCGACUUGACGAAUGAAGAGUUGGAGGCUAUGAUGAUCAAUGCGACACAAGACUUUUGGGCCAGCUUUCCGGGUGAGGUUGGUGUUGGUUAUCAGUAA